UGUUUGUGCAAAACAACCAACGAACAUGCAAAGGGGUUUUCUUAAGAACCCCAAGCCCUGAGCUCCAGCUUCACUGUACGCAUCAGUCCACUGAGCAGUGACCAUGGCGUUCAACAUCUAUGUUUUUGUUGUUUUUGCUGCUGCUGAGGCCAACAUAGGGCAGCACGUUUUUAUUAGGGACAACAAGAACUGGUGGGAGGCUCGAGAAUACUGUCAGGAAAAGCACGCUGAUCUAUCCAUGGUCCUCAGCGAGAUUGACCAGAAUAACCUUUUGGCAGCCGCAGGUUCCCAUGAUCCAAAAGGAUGGAUUGGUCUUCGUCGAAAUUGCCAUAAUAUUUCCAACUGGAGAUGGCUAGGACACAGACAAACCCUCACCUACACAAACUGGGCUCAAGCACCUGAUGAUUCCAACAUCAAAGACUGCAGGGGAACUAUGACUUCUAAUGGACAGUGGGAAGAUCGUAACCCAGAUGACAAGCUGCAUUUUUACUGUUUCAGCGUCAAUGUGGUACAACCCCCAAUGACCUGGGAGCGUGCUCUGGAGCACUGCAGAGAAACGGCCACUGAUCUCGGCAGCCUGGUCUCCAAAGAAGAACGUAUACAGGCCCAGAAUGCCCUCCAGAGAGACUCCAUCACAGACCCAGUUUGGGUCGGCCUGCGAUAUCUGGGUGACCGGUGGAUGUGGAUGAACAGUGACCCGAUGGCGAUUGAAGAGUGGACAGAAGACACCCUCAUCAAGCCCCAGUGUCCAGGGAAAAACCAUUGUGGUGCUUUGACUAAAAACAGGAUGUGGGUGAACGAGGACUGUGAGAUGGAACUACACUUUAUCUGCAUAUGAAACGACUACCACGGUUACUACCUCCAGUUAAUCUCUAGAGAACAUUUGUUAAUGCUUAAAAUCUAUAAAGCUUGAAUUUUUCCUGACUUUAGUUUUCUUUUUUUUUUCUGUCGUGACUCUGUCCUAUAUAAAAGUUGUGGGUGGACAACUUUAGUUGAACUGAAUAAUAUAGAUAAUCAAUAGAUAAGCUUGAAUAUAUAAUUUUCUCUGUAAAGAAAAUGUGUUUUAUUGUUGCAAAAAAGACAAGGGGUUUGUAACCUUGAAAUGAAAUCACUGAAACCUAAUAUGACUGUAGUAUGGACUGAAAAAAAAUUGAAACAUUUGUAGAAUGUUGUAAUAAAAUUCUCAGAGCUCUAUUUUAAAUCAUAUUAAGUUUAUUUUUCUUUUUAUUAGUCUCUGUCAGCCCGGCAUAUUUUUAAUAAAGAACUUGGUGUGUGGUCAAACUGUGUUGAUCUCUCUGUUCUAACAGCA